AUUUUCCUGAGUCAUUAUUCAGCUCGUAGCUUUGCAAUAAAAUAACGGACCACUAACACAAAAACAGAUUUAUGACCCAUAAACAAUCGUCACUUAUUAGUGAUCUCAGUCUAAUAGCGUCUUAUUUAGUCUUCUAGAGCUGUCAUGAAACGAUAUGGGCUGUGUCUCAGACACUAGUGAGCAGAGUUGUUUGUAUAACGCCCUCAAAAGAUGUCAAGAUUGGCAGCUCACUUGGUUUUGAUUAACGGACAUUUAUCUUAAGCAGUUUUCCACUACUGGGAUCCAGUUUACUUUGGCUGUUAUGUAAAGAAAACUAGAACCACCAGUGUGGACAACAGUGAAUACAUGAGGAAUGGAGAUUUCCUGCCCACCAGAUUACAGGCACAGCAGGAUGCUGUCAACAUUGUCUGCCACUCAAAGACCCGUUGUAACCCAGAGAACAAUGUGGGUCUAAUCACAAUGGCAAAUAAUUGUGAGGUCCUCACCACUUUAACAGCAGACACCGGCCGCAUUCUCUCAAAGCUCCAUGCGAUUCAGCCGCUGGGAACAAUCUCCUUCUGCACUAGCAUACGCGUGGCACAUUUGGCACUAAAGCAUAGACAAGGCAAGAACCACAAGAUGAGGAUUGUUGCUUUUGUGGGCAGCCCAGUAGAGGACAAUGAAAAAGAUCUGGUAAAGUUGGCAAAGCGGUUGAAAAAAGAAAAGGUCAAUGUAGAUGUGAUAAAUUUUGGAGAAGAGGAAAUGAACACAGAGAAACUGACUGCAUUUGUGAACACUCUGAAUGGAAAGGAGGGCACAGGUUCUCAUCUGGUCACAGUGCCCCCUGGGCCCAGCCUGGCUGAUGCCCUUCUGUCUUCUCCCAUCUUAGCUGGUGAGGGUGGUACCAUGAUGGGCCUGGGUGCAAGUGACUUUGAGUUUGGAGUGGACCCCAGUGCGGACCCAGAACUGGCCCUGGCUCUGCGUGUAUCUAUGGAGGAACAAAGGCAGAGGCAGGAAGAGGAGGCUAGAAGGGCAUCCGCCCAAUCAGCAGCUGAGGCUGGCAUUCCCACCUCAACCGCUGACGAAUCAGAAGAAGCUCUUCUGAAGAUGUCUGCCUCUAAGCCUGAGAGCGGUGUGGCAGCACUGCCAGACUUCAGCAGCAUGACGGAAGAAGAGCAGAUAGCCUAUGCUAUGCAGAUGUCUUUGGCAGGUGGAGAAUUCGGAGAAUCAAUGGAUACGGGAGCUCCAAUGGACACUGUGGAAUCUAAGGAAGAGGAUGAUUAUGAUGUAAUGCAGGACCCAGAAUUCCUCCAGAGUGUCCUGGAGAAUCUACCUGGUGUUGAUCCCAACAAUGAGGCCAUCCGUAAUGCCAUGGGCUCCCUAGCCUCUCAGAGUGGUAACAAACAAGAGGGGAAAAAAGAUGAUGAGAAGAAGAAAUAAAUUCAAGUGUUCUGUGACUGAUUGUGAUUGAUGUACAAGCCAUUUGGCAUGUGAAAUGAGUUCAUUCAAGAAGUGGCUAUCAGAAGAGCUUAUAAAAGCAGUUUUAGAUAUGGAGUUGCUAAGACAUUCACUACCAAAUUACUGCAAUGUUGUGUGGUACCUCAAAAAUUCACACAUAGCUUGCUAAUCUUUCCCCCUUCUGCUCUGUGCACAAUUGAUUGAAUAUUUGAUAAAAACAUGUAAUCUGAAUGGUUUCUGCUUUUUCUAUUGCCAUUAAAACAUGAAAUCUGG